UUAAGGUGUGUGGACAUAUUACGAAAAAGCGGGGUGGAUGUUUAACCUAUCUCAGUGUACACAAGAAAAUCCGUGUGACAUCUAAACCAUUGAUUUUAAUAAUAUUUUAACAGAAUUUUAAACCUGCUGGAUCGAGAUAAUUAAUGAUUUUUCCAUAAACGCAAUCAUUCGAUGGUAUCUCAUAUGUGAACAUAUUUUCAGAGAAAUAUAAAUGUACGUGUGUAUAAACGCGCGUUCGUACUAGAUCAAACUGACUUCACAUCACUUGGAUAUUGUACGGUCAGUAGUAUAUCUGAAGAAGACGUUUCAUUCUUGCAGUUAAUAUUUCACACAAACUUCAAUGCGACUAGUAUUCUAUUAAUGAUUUAAGGAUUGAUGGAAAUGGAUAAUAUUCCAGAGAUAGUAAUUGCAGAUCAAAAUGAAACCGAUUCGGAACUCGGCGAUUCUUUUGAUGAGAAAAACUCGCCCUUUUCGGGGCUCUUCAAGUCACUCGAUGCUCAUAUUUUCACAAGGGGGCACGGCACUUCAUCCGGUCAUGACAUCGCUAAACACGGAAAAUCUGACGCUAACAAGAGAAGGGCGACCCUUGGGUACCUGAACACGAAGGGCCUUCUAAGCACGUUAACAAAUGGACAACAUACGGGGCUUAUGAACACGGCGCCUUCGAGCUUUCGACAACAGAAUGCCAACGAACAAAAACGCAUUAUAACCAAGCGCAGGAGUUUGGAUAUCGGAGAGAUGCGCGGAAGUCAGAGGUACUUGGAGAGAGGAAGCCGAUCUUUGCCGAAGCUGUUUACGGACUCCUCGACUUUAGAUGUCGACGACAAUGUGGCGAAGUUAAAGAUAAGGUUCUCUUCGGAAAACGGUCAUACGUUAUCUAGGGAAAAAGCAUGGCGAGCCAGGCGCCGCCUGUCUUCAUUGCGACCGGGAAUGGACGCCGGCUCGACAUUUUUACAGUUGCUUGGUAGCGCACGACGGAGAAGUGUUUCGCCGCUUAUUCCUCAUCACCGUAUCCCGCCUUUACAGAGAUUCAGGAGUUACGUUCGAUUGACGCUCAUCUGUGUUCGUCUAUGUAAAUACAGCCACGAAAACGUGCAAGCGGCCCGUGACGAGUACCUGUCCAUAAUCCAAGUAACCCAGGACUACGUGACAAGAACCGAGGACCCUGAUGGACUGUUCUUUGAUCCGACUGUUUUCCGAGCCAAUAAGGAGCAAAGACUACCAGCCGAUGCGCGCAAGAUACUGCAGAAGGACCAGCAACUCCGCACGGAAAAAGAACUAGAAUAUUUACAUCUGGUGCUGAGGUCUAUAAAGGCGUUUGCCGAGUACCCAAACAACAUGCAGAAGAAACUAUGCGAGGCGGGCUGGUUUGAGGCGUACGAACCCAAGCGGGCCAUUGUGAGACAGGGCCACCCACCGCACGCCUUCUACUUCAUUCUCUCAGGGUCAGUCGUGGUGACGUCAUUUGACCGGAAGACCGGAGGCACGACGUUUCUAGUGGCUUUACACAAGGGAAUGUCAUUUGGGGAAUUGGCGGUUAUUACUCGAAGCAGACGACAGGCGACCGUUAGCACAGCUUCAGUCACAGAACUACUUUGUAUAUCAGCUAAGGACUUUGUUGAGAUCUUCAUGUCUGGAGGCAUUAAAAGCAUGACCGACCCGGAUCAAAACUCUUUUAUAAGGUCCAUCCCGUUCCUCAAGCACUGGCCCAUUGAAUGUCUCGCUACAAAUCCGCAGGCAUGCAUGUUCCAUUUCUUCGGCCGCGGCCAGGUUCUGGUUCGAGACAGCAACCACUCCGACUGGAUUUACGUGGUUAAAUCGGGCAGCCUGUCCGUCCUGAAGAAACUGGUGGAGGUCCAUCCGCGGACAUCAAAACGGAACUCGGAGUCAGAGGUGGAAGAUGACGACCUCGAUCGCCGGAAAUCGUUCGGCACGUGGAACUUCCGCUUCCGGAAGAUGCGACACCAGAGCAGCGGCGAGAAGGAAGUUUUUAAGAACAAUAUUGAGAUGGAGAAGCGACUAGAGCAGACCCUGCCAGGCUACUUUAACGCGCGGGAACGACUGGGCCUGAUAGACUACGAUACGAUUAUCUCGGACCACAGAUCCAGGGUUCUCCAGACCAACAAGCGGGCCUCCCUGCUCGAAGCCACAUCACUGCCCAAACUCAACAUGCUACCCACGGAAUCACCCGUUCCGGAAGUGGACCAGGGAGAGACCAUUGGGGCCGCCGAGGAUGACAAGCUCGUCCAAAUGCACAAAAUACGAAAAACGUCAAAGGGUGCCUAUUUAGCAACCACGAAGAAUGCUAAACGGAAAAGUACCAAGAAGGACGCUAUACAGGAAGAAUUGUUUCAGAAACAAUUAGAGUACGACAAGCGCUCACUGGACGAUAGGAAAAUCGGUCGGAAAACUAUUACAGAUGAAUUGGAUAAUAAACCUAUCAAGGGGGUGACCUUGACAGAGAAAGACUUAAGACCUAUGUUUGUAGAAGUACAGGUCUUAGAACGAGGACAAUACUUUGGUCUCACAAAGUCCGUGUUCCCGGAACAGGCGGAGAGUUUCAGUGUGGUGUCCAAUGGCGCCGAGUGCAUAAUGAUCUCCAAGCGCAUCUUCUUCGAGAUGGCUAACGAAAGCACCAUGCAUCAUCUUAGACAAGUGGAGACGCUACUUCCACCGGAAACGGAACUACAGGCGAACCUGCAGGACUUCGUGGACUGGAAGGCGCAUCGGGCUCGGGUCUAUAACCGCUUGGUGAAGAACAAGACCAGCCGCGUGGCCCGCCACAGCCAGUUUCCGCCGCAGUUCGCCGGGCAGUACUGUUAUCGCACCGGACCAACCGUGAGGAUAGACUGACACCGGGCCACGCUCCCUCUGACUAUCAUUGAACCCUUUUGUCGUUAGUGUGGAGUGUUGUGUCAGAUAUUCAAGCUGUUUGAAGAAACGGCUGCGUAAAAUGACCUCCAUGCACUGUUCACGAUGCUGUACGACAAUUUAAUGCCGAAUGGAAGAGAUGUACAUGUUUGUUGUACAUGUAUUACCAUAUCACGACAUGAAAGUGGUUAAUAAACGUGCGAUUACAUGAGCUGCGUCCUCGGAAAACCUGGCUUAAUGUAUUUGCGCUGUAUCAA